AUGGAGGCAGCGCGGUCGGCAACGGGACGUCUGCUGCUGCGCGAGCUCAACCCUUACAUCUUGUGCACGCUCUGCGGCGGCUACUUCAUUGACGCCACCACCAUCGUCGAGUGCCUGCACUCCUUUUGUCGGAGUUGCAUCGUACGUCACCUUGAGAAGAGCAAGUUCUGCCCUAUCUGCGAUGUCCAGGUGCACAAGGCGAAGCCACUGCAAAGCCUCCGGAGCGACCGGACGCUGCAGACGCUGGUGUACAAGCUGGUGCCCGGGCUGUACCAGGCCGAGGUGCGGCGCCGGCGGGAGUUCGAGGCGGGCCACGGGGUGCCGCCGCGGCCGCAGUCGCCUUCCUACUUCCUCUCCGCCGACGACUUCGUGCUGCUCGAGCUGGGAUACCACCAAAGUGACUUUCCGACGGACGAUGAAGCGCCCAACGGUGGAGAGAUGCAGCAUUCAAAGGAGGAGGCGGCGGGUGUGCAUCCGUGGUACCUGCGCUGCCCUGCAGCCGUCAGCAUCCGCCAGCUGAAGCACCUGGUGCGCUCCAAGUUCGGCGUCACGGACGAGCACCGAGUAGACGUCAUCUACAGGGGCGAGUGUCUGCCAGACACGUUCACACUCAUGGACAUCGCGUACACCUUUUCCUGCCAACGGUCGUCGCGGAUGCAGGUGACGUACCGCAUAUACAGGCGGCAGCCUCCCGAGUCCGCGGCGGUGUCCUCGUCCGCUGCCGCCUCGGAGGCAGAACUGGAGGAAGAGGAGAAGGCCGACCCCACCACCACCCCCGCCGCUGACGGCGAGGGGGAGCAGCCGCCCCCUGGGGACGCAGCCGCUGCGGCGGAGGCGGUGGUGGAGGCGGCACUGCAAGCGCCACCGUCUUCGGGGACGGAGGAGGCGGGGGCCGAAGCGGCCGCGUCCGUCCUGCCGGAGCCCUCGCCAGAAGAGCUGGCGCCCCAGACGGAUGACAAGGUGGACCCGCAGCCGGCGGAAACGCCUGCAACGGACCCUGGAGCGCGUAUCGAAAACUUGCCGCCUGCUUUACUGACUGACGUGCAGACGGCCGUCCCGGAAGCUGCGCCCUGCGUCGAGAGCACGUCACCGACAUUGGCGCAGCAGCAGCAGGAGUCCAAACCCGCGACUCCAGUGGCAGAGGCGCUGGGGCCGCAGCAGCAGCCGGAAAAGGCGGCGUCAGCGGCUGACGUGCCGGCGCAGGGCCAGCAUCCGCAACCCGCGACGCCGGCGACAGAGACGACGCAAGAGAACAGCGACGAGGCGAAGGACUGCGCGGCGGUAGCGCCGCUGACUGACUGCGUUGCGAGCGCAAACCACAAGACUGAAGAAGGAGAGGCCGAGCGCAAGCCGCUUGCGCCCAACCCCAUCGUCCUGCCUGUCACCUCGUUCGACCUAGAAUCUAUAGCGGACGACUUCAACGAAGAGGAGGACGAGGACGAGUUUACCUUGCGAAUAUCGUCUUCUGAAGGCGAGGACGAAGAAGUGGUUGCCGAGCCUCUGCCCGAGAAACCCAAAGAGCCGGAACCCGUUCCGGAGAAGCCCGCGGAGGAGGAGGAGCAGCCCGUGUUGCCGAGAGAGAAGAGGGGCAAGGGUCUCGGCAAGUCGAAGGCGAAAACGAGAGAGGAACACGGCGGUGGGCGCAAGAGGAGUAAGCACAAGUCUAAACACCACGCGCGCGGCGAAGAAGGUGCUAAGAAGAGGAGGGUACACAAGAGCGAAAUCACGUCGACGCCGACGAUUUUGCAGUACGAUAAGGACGCCAUGAAGCUGAAAGUGAAGCUGAAUUCCCCCACGAGUCCGGUGAUAUCUAACCUUCCGUCUUCCUCGAAUUCGGGGCACCACAAGCACCACCCUCACCACCACUCCAAACACCACCACCAUAACAAACACCAGGAGCAGCAGGACCAGAACGGAGCGGGGGUGGGAAGUAGUGGUGACGCGGCUAACGCCGACGGGGAUUGGGCGGUAGCUCCCAAGGAGCGCGUUCCACAGGUCAGGUCGCACAGGACGAACAAGAGUCUGUGCUAUACUCCCAAGUCUCCCGACACACACGAGGGAGGAAACGGGGCGAAGAAGACGAACGUGAUGCUUCCGCCGUCCUCCAUCACCGUAAGCAAGGUGACUGCUGGCGAGAAGCGCAAGCUCGACCACAAGACGAACAGUGCGUCGGAAAGUAAGAGGCCCGCCCUCGAGAUUAUGCUGGUCAACGCGCCCGGCCCCGGACAGUCGGGCAGCGGAGGACAGAACAAGACCGCUGCCAAGUCGUCUACUUCGUCCAAGCAAACUCCGUCCUCUACGAGCGAGUCGGAAUUCGGUAAAAAGGCGGGUGGGGGUGAGGGUCCGAGUGGGAAAACGUCGAGACCUCUGCCGGCGACGAUACCGCUCGUGAGGAUUAAGAAGCCGUCGGCGACGGGCGUGCGGCCCCUGACGGGUCUGACGAUCACUCCGAAGCCGCCGUCGAACGCCGCGAACAAGAGCGCGCCGCCGGCGAGGACUGCGGCGGCGCCCAAGGCGGACAGUAGCAAGCCGGACGACGAGCAGGCGAUCCGGCACGACGACAUCGGCGCGCUCGACCUGUCGGGCAAGUCGUCUCGGGCGCGGGACGGCGCGUCGCCCACGUCGCCCGGCAUGGACCUCAGCUCGCCGCCCUCCACCAAGAGCCCCACGGCGCCCGCGCAGCAGAGCAUCCUGUCCAUCGCGCAGACGCUCGUCCACCGCCAGCUGUCCAGCCUGCACCCGGGGCUCGUUAUGGCCGGCAACGCCAACCUCAUCUCGUCGACGGUACCCGGUCGCAACGGGAGCAACUCUCCCAACGCGCCCUCGGACGGUGCGCUCUCCUCCGCGCUGCUGGGGACGCUUGCGGGGCCCGGCGGAGGUGGUGGCGGCGCGCCGUCCGGAUCGACGCCGACGUCCAAUAUGAGCAACCUCAAGACGCUGUCCGAGGCGGCGGUGCACAUCCGCAACAUGAUGUCGUCACAAGGCAAGGGCGGCGCGCCCGCGGCGGCGGCGACGUCGCAGGCCAAAGGUCCGGCCAAGUCCGGAGCGUUCUCGCGGCCGUCCCCGACCGGUCAGUACGCGUCCGGCGCCGGCUCCGGCGCGCCCUCCGCCUACUCGCUGGCCGCGGCGGGAGGCCCGGGCUCUCCGAUCCGCAUCCCCGUUCCGCCGUCGAAGCCGGCGGGCACCCCACAGCUCCACGACGUGUUCUCGUGCCGCGGUCGCGGCGCGGCGGGGGCGGGGCCGCCCGGGGGCGGCUACGCCAGCCGCAAACCCGGCCCGAACCAGACGGUGCGCCACAUCCCCAACCCGUCGGCGCUGAUGUUCCGCCAGCAGCCGCAGCACCGCAUGCAGGCCAAGGCGCCGCCCAUCUACCAGGGCUACGCCACGUCCAAGGCGUCUGCCGCGCAGGCCGCCGCCGCCGCCGCCGCCGCCGCCACCGCCACCGCCACCACCACCGCCCAGUCGUCCGUCUCCAACAUCCGCAAGAUGGAGAACAUGACGCGCAACAUCGAGAAGGUGGCCGCCGGGCUCACCAUUCGCGCCGUCGAGGCCAACGUCAGCAAGUGA